GCUUGAGCGAUUGUUCCUUUUCCCUCCCAAUACCCCACUUCUGUCCGCAUGUCACUCCGCAAGACGUCGUGUCUAUCCUGCGUUGCGUCCAAGAGGCGUUGUGACCGGGCUUUGCCAGCGUGCCAACGAUGUUCUCGACAGUCACUCUCUUGCCGCUAUCCUUAUCCACCGGCAGCCACCAUGUAUCUUCCCCGGGUAUGCGAGGAGGGCUCUCUGCAGGGCUUGCCACAGUCACCCUGCCUGACCCUCGGCCAAGUGAGUAAUAACACUACGGCUGUUGAACAAACGGAAUACGACGACUUUUCACGGAACAGCGAAGGUCUUCAAAACAAAGAUCUGUUAGUUCCUGAAGGUACAGACGUCGAUCUUCUCAAUAGGGAUUGGCUAGCAGAGUCACUAGACUUGUCAACUCUUCUUCAUGAUCCCUCUUUCCAGAGCUAUUCUGAAAGGGUUUCGGCGAUUCCGUUCGUUCCCCCUCGACAUUGGAGUUUUGAGAAACAACGAACUCGGCUGCAAGAUACCCAGCAAUCUUCUACCAAAGGAAUGUCAUCAGAAAUCCAUGGCCCGAUGAACCUACUCUCGAGUGUGAUUCUCGGGCCUUGGAACAAGUUUGAUGACGUAGCUACGUGGCGUUACUGUGCGAGUGAAAUGCUUUCGUAUAUUUCUCUAUACGCAACAUAUGGAACUUCGCCCAUUGCCACAAUCACGAAUCAAGACUCCACAGACUUGGACCCAGUUCUUAAAAGAGCACUGGGCGUCUGUGCAGCCCACGGAACCCUCACUCAGACUCGGAAGCAUGUUUUCGACCAGCUGCUUGAUCAUGAACUUGAGCAACUUGCGACUUUGUCCCAAUCCGCUCCGGUCUAUGAUGCUAGGUGGCAACGGCACCACUCGGAGACUAUUCUAAGGGAGACCACAGCCAGGCUUCAAGCGCUUACCAUGUAUCAGAUCAUCCGGCUAUUUAGCGGCAGGGCUCAAGAUUUCCGAAAGGCUGCGGCGUACGAAACCCUCCUCGCCUCAUGGGCCAGGGAGCUGCAGCUUCAGGUUCACAUACUUCAGCAACACACGACAAUUGUAGGGUUUGGGUUCGAGGGAACCGAUCCAAACGUCCUUGACGCUGCUCAUCGUGCGAUCCUCAUGUCAUACACGGUUCGCGCCGUUCACUCAGUUCUCAAUUACAAAACGUGCGCCGUAUGGAACGACCUUUUCGCUAUAACCAUGCCGACCAGCUUGUCGGGGCCAAUAAUACUCUCGUAUCCAGAAUAUGUAAAUGCAUGGGAAAGAGGAGUAACACCCACACUCAGUGAGGAUAACAGGAGGCUUAGCAACUUGGUUGUUGCUGCUUGCAAAGGUGUAGAUGCUGUGAAGAUGGGAACCACCUGAGACAACUGCAUCCAUGGUCACAGUUAGCACCGUAUCCCAAAGAGAAAUCCAAGAAAAUCUGUGGAAGCGACGGAUGAAUGGAAAAAGCCUUGUGAUCCAGCGCAGUAGAGUCACGGAACUUUUUGAGGUAAUUACUCAGCUAGGUUUCCACUUAAGUCCGCACCAGUCUUACGCCACCUCCGGAUCCUUCCUAAUUGGUGUCUAAAGAUUCGCGAGACACGACAACACAACUCACGAGAGUACAGUAUCAGUAGAACGUAAGAAUACCGGAGUCUGAGUGUCAAGGUUGGCUACAAAUACAAACGUUUGUUCCCCCAAAGAACCGGAACAUCAGCAGGACACCUCGACGCGC